AUGAUGCAUGAUGCUUCAUUUCUAAACCAGUUCCAUGAGGGAACGGUCGAGUUCCAGAACCAUAUUCUAAUUUUUAUACUUUUCUACAAUUUUUUAUUCUUGAAUUCAGGAAACACGCCCGACGUGUUACCGUGUGCAACGUCAGGUACCACGACGGCUGCGUCAACGUCCUCAUCCGUCGUUACGACGGAAAUCCCGUCGACGAAUUCUGAUCCAGAUAGCCAUGGUUACACUGACACUCAAAAUGAGUGGCGACCACCAUAUCCAAGAUUGGUGGCUUUUCAUGAUGUUUUAUCCUUAGCGGCAGGCUGGUCUUUAGGUCUUCAUCCAACCUGUUUUGAUGACAAACCUACAGGUGCUAGCCAAGCACAAUCUCCAUGCGAAGAUGAUUGUGGGGACGGUAAAUGCAAUGAGCUACUAGCUAGUUGUCCUGCAUUCAGGAAUGAGCUAGGUUGGGAGCCAACUAGGCGGAUAGCUCUUAGUCGCUAUACUAGCGAUGGACCUGUCGAAGCUCACGAAUGUGAAACAUGGAUGCGAGAGCAUUCUGCAGCAGAGGCUGGAAUUUUAGAAGAUGUAUCCAAUGUGUAUCUAGGGGGGCGACUAUGCGCGGCUAGACAGCCUAAAACGGUCAUAGAACCCCAAGAUAUAGGUUCAUAUUAUUAUCGACAUUGUUUUUCCGGCAGGACUCAUGUUGAAUAUUUCGGUUCCGAUGAAGAAAUGGGGCCAAUAGCGAUCAGUAUGGUUCGCGAAACAAGUGAACGUAAUAAGGAGCAAUCAGCUAUUUAUCGGAUGAUUGUUAGAAUUAGUGAUUCGCGAACAAUGCGAGUUGCCGUUCCAGAAGAGGCUCUGUCUGACUCUAGUGAUCGUGGGAAUCGUCCAAUCAUGAGAGAAUUAUUAGAACUGGUUUGUCCUCAAAUCAGCUUCAGUAUACUGCGUCCAUCCAUCCAAUCAUCACGAGUUGAGGAAAUUCUAAUGAAGAUUGAUGAACAACCAAUUUAUACUCGUUAUAAAGUUGGCGUAAUGCUAUGCAAAGCUGAUCAGAGUACAGAAGAACAAAUGUAUAAUAAUGAGAGCUCAUCUCCUGCCUUCGACGAGUUUCUAGAUUUUCUCGGUUCGCGUGUUAAGCUGAAAGGUUUUGACCAGUACAAGGGAGGACUUGAUACUCGUGGUGAUACAACUGGAACUCAUUCAAUUUAUUGUGAACACCAAGCUCAUGAAAUCAUGUUUCAUGUGUCUACUCUUCUACCAUUCACGCCGAGUAAUAAGCAACAAUUGCCCCGGAAGCGCCAUAUCGGUAACGACAUGGUGACAAUCAUUUUCCAAGAGCCUGGAGCUCUUCCUUUUUCCCCGAUGACUGUUCGAAGUCAUUUCCAACAUGUAUUUAUAAUUGUACGUGUACAUAAUGCGUGUACUGAUAAUACUACUUACAGUGUGGCAGUUUCAAGAUCGAAAGAAGUACCAGCAUUCGGGCCUCCGGUACCCCAAGGUGCAACAUUCAGCAAAUGUGCUGAAUUUCAUGAUUGGCUGCUUACGAAAAUUAUUAACGCAGAGAAUGCAGUUCAUCGCUCUAAGAAGUUCGCAACAAUGGCAGCGCGGACUCGACGAGAAGCAUUAAGGGAUUUAUGUGAAAACUAUGUCGGCCCUCAUCAGAAUGAAGGACCGAGUCGAAUAGCUAGUCGGUUUCUGGGUGGGAGUGUCAAAAGAAGGGAAAGGCAUAAUCCAAAACCUGAUAUAGCUAAUAUGAGGGGUGCUUUAUCGUGGUUAGUUGAUGUUCAUGAUCAUUCACUUAAUCAGAGAAUAAAUUGCGUCCUCGGACUGUCACAAGAUGCUUUGAUUUUGUUGGAGCGACCCUCAGGAACCGUCUUAUUUAUAACUCCAACUCAUUCAGUGAUUGGAUGGGCAGUCACAGACUUCGGGCAUGGUCUGAAAAUCUAUUACGACCAUGGAGAAAUGCUGUUACUACGAUGCUGCACAGAGACUGGUACUGAUGUUGAACAAAAUGGGUUGAUAUGCAGACUCCAAUCAGUAACCAAAGGAGAUGAGGCGAAAGAAGUUAUUUUGAGACGACCACGUCUAAACGAUACGUGGGGAUUCCAUGUCCAGGAAGAAGGGGUUGUAACUGAUGUGGAGAUGUAUCAGACAGCUUGGAAAGCCGGUAUUCGCCAAGGCAGUAGGAUAGUUGAAAUCGAAAGUUUUUCUGUUAGCACCUUAACAUUAGAUCGGAUUAGUCAAAUGUUAUCAGAGAGUGAACAUUUACGUCUACUUCUGAUAUCACCCGCAUCGGAUGGAUCCCCAAGGCGAGGUUGUGAAGACCCCCAUUGUCCUGCAGUACGUGGGACUAUAGACGAGAUGUUGACACCUGAUGCGUUUGUUCGCCAGCCUACACUAAUUGAUAAGUAUCAAUCGAUGUUCCGAACGAGGAAUCAAGACUACGCAAGUUCAUCAACAAGCAGUCCUGCCAGCUCGUUCGAUGAGCGUACUUUCACAUUUGGAACUCGACGAACAGAUGGUACAGGAAGAGCUAACAGCUCAGGAUCAGCUUCCGUUUUGCACAAAGCAUGUCCUACCAGCCGCAAACCUCAGAGCACAUCUGUACAUGAGCAAAUGUGCAUGUUGUUGAACACACCAAAGUCACUUAAUCGAGCACAAUCAGAUGAGCAUUUGCGGUCGCCAUUAGCAGAAGAAGCGAAAAAAGCUCCUUUAUCUGCUCGAGAAUCCACGAAUGAUUCAGAAGUCAGCGAUAUGAUUAAAUGUCAGGUUCAUAUGGAACACAUGUUACAAGAGAAACGGGCUAUGGACUUAUUAAUUCAACAGCUAAGAAAGCAAUUACAUCAAGAAAGACAAGCGCAUGAUAAUACCAGAAGAGAGUUAGAAAGACUUAGAAUAACUCUUGAAAAGCGCUGA